AUGAGUCGGCGAGGCGAAUACCACGACCGGUCCCGAGAUCGCGACGCCUCCUCGCUGCAUGGCCGCCCUUACCAGAACCGUGAUCAGCACCGGUAUCAUCCUUACGAUAAGCCUGAUGGAAGUGGCGGGCCCAGUGCUUACGGUAACGCAUACUCCCGAGGCGAUGGUGGACCCCCACGGAACCAAUACCAAAACUACCAGGCAAACUACCCGCAAAAUCAUCAACAGGGGCAAUACAACAACACCAAUGACUACUCCAGUUACCAAAACCACUCCCAGCAGGCACACGGACGAAGUUACGGAUCCCACACCAAUGGUAUCCAAUAUGGCAAUCAAUAUGGAAACCAGUACGGAAAUCAGUACGGCAACCAAUACGGCAACCAAUAUGGUGACCAGCGAGGACACCAGUCAUACCAAUCCUACCAAAACUCCAGUCGCCAAUCACACCCUCAGUCUUCAGGAUACCGAAAUCGUUCCCAACAGGGAGGUCGAGGCCGCAGUCGCCACCAGGACUACCAGCCCCGCCAGCACCAGGAGCCCAAGUUUGAUAGAAAUGACCCCGAAGCGAUAUCUAAACGGCUUGAACAACUCAAAGAUGUGCCUACUUUAGAGGAACUUCCCGCUAAAGGUACUCGCUGGGGAGUGCGUCCUCCCGGGUUCGAAAAUGUUCCUGCGCAAAGAGCCAAGAUGCUGGGGCUUUUCCCCGUGGGACCAGUGGAUAGUGACAGUUCAGUGACUCCCCAGCCAGCACCGGAGACGCUCUCCAAAUCACGCGUGGAUCCUGGCGAUUCACGGGUGGCGUCGACGGUGGUUGUGUCUAUAAAUCAAGAUGGUAAGGCGAUAAACUGGGAUAUUGUGGACGGUGAUAAAAUUUCUACGUUUAUUAACGACUAUAUCUCACGGAUCGACAUUCCCAACCGAGUAUCUCAGCUGAUCAAGUCCCACCAUGUUUUCAAAGAUAGACUUAUAUGUCGCACGGCUCAUGCCACCGCCGCUACCAUCGCCCUUACUUUAAAUGGCACGGCCCUUCCCAUCACCGCUUAUAAACAUACCAGCGCCAGCGGUGUUGACGGGAAUAUCACACUCAAGCUCACACGGCCUCGCGAGUACGUGGUGCAAGCUCCGCGAGAUGAAGGCGUGGAAGUUGACCCAUUCUUCGUCCCUGAGGGACCAAAGAAGAUCACGAUCCACGUCCUGCCAGAGUUGGAUGACCUGGCGAUUCGCUCGCAGUUGGAAACGGUCGGUCCGGUCCGGCGCUGCCAGCUUUUGCGUGAAGUGGGCACUAAAGUGCUGACGGGCGUCGCCUUUGUUGAGUUUGACGGUGAAAUCAGUCUGCUUACUAGCAAGAUACAGCUGCUCGACGCAGUGAAUAAAGUGUACUACCUGUGUAUUGGGAGCAUCCAAACAGUGAACAUUACUGCCUCGACUAUAUGUCGCCUUGUUGCUCGCCAAGGUGUCACCGACCACCGCAAGCUGAAAGUAAUUCAAAUGAUCAACUGCGUUACUGGACCCGAACUUACCAAUCCCGAAUAUUACGAUUUUGUUCGCGAGGAUAUUACCAACGAGCUCAGUAAGUUCGGUAACGUCGUCAGUAUCAAGAUUCCUCAGCCUCCCCCGGACUAUACUUGGGGAAGCACUGAAGACGUUGCUGAUGGCGUGGGACGAGUGUUUGUUGAGUUUGAAACCGAGGAAGAUGCAUUCAAUGCCAUUAACGGUGUCGUAGGUCGUCAAUACAACGAUCGCACCGUACUCUGUGGGUAUUUCGAUGCAGAAGACUAUCGUCUUGAGGUAUUUUAA